UCAGCCGCAACCUUCGCCCUUCGAAUGAGCAGCAGGCACGAAGUCACACCCUGUUGUCGCUGGGAUGACGUCGCCGGGGCCAGCGGAGGUUCGUGGGGCGUCGGAGGACCUGGUGCGGGUGCUGCUGUGGCGCUCCUUCGAACAGAAAGAGAGGUAACCAAGCAUAAAACACAUGAUUUCUGCUAACCAGGAUCAGCAGCAGAGUACGAGGAAAGAGACAAUGUCUUCCGAAACAACAAAGCAGGAAAGUCAGACAUCACCACUGAAGCAAACUAUAUGGCCGAUGUUCUAUUGUCCCACCUCAAAAACUGGCAGUGCUGGAGAAAUUGCAAGGGUCCGUGAAGAAUGCAAAAAGGAGAGUUUCUGGUACAGAGCUCUUCCUUUGUCUCUUGGGAGCAUGCUCGUCACCCAAGGGCUAGUCUCAAAAGGCAUUUUCGCAGCAAGCCCAAGAUUUGGUGCACUACCUAAGAUGGCAAUUGCUGGUGUCUUAGGUUUCGCCGCUGGAAAGAUGUCAUACAUAGGAGAAUGCCAAAAAAAGUUCCAGAAAAUUGGGGUUGUACCAUUUUGUCCACAGCAAAAAAGGCAUUGUCAUCAUACUUGCAAAGAAUGUGAAGCAAAAUUGAGAUCAAAUGAGAAAGAAGGUUCAGUUACUUCCUUGGCUUAGUCCCAGAUGUGCUGAAGAUGAUAAAAAUCUUAUGGAUCAGCUUCAUCUUUCAAGGCUUCAUUCUGUACAGAAGAAAUGAUGUCUUUGGUUUGCUGCAAAUCAGUCAUUUGAAGUAGUUGCAUAAUAUUACGUAAUUGCGCUCAUAGUAAAUACCUCUCUUUUUUAGUACACUUUUGGGUUUUUCCUUUUCUCUCUCUUCUCAGCGUGCUUUGGUUUAUUUUCCUCCCUUCAGUGCAGUUUAGCUCUUAGAGCUGAAAAAUUAAAUUCGUCUGUUGUACUUAGAUGCUGGUGAUGCUUUGUGUAGCAAGCAAAAUGGCAUAUACUGGCACCUUUUCCACGUAAAAAGGAAAUGGGCACAAGGAUAUGUAAAUGAUUUUGCAUGGUUAAGCAGAUAAUAAAAGUCUGUGAGCUGGCUCUUUGUUUAUGGAUUGUUUAAGAAUACUAACCUAGAAGUUCAUUAGGGUAGUGUCACACUGCAGUUACUGUGCUGAAGCAACUUUUAAUAGUGCAGUUUUAUAUAAAAAGUCCACUCUGUCUAGGAUAUCAAAAGCACGUGCCACAUUGAAAAUGAACAAGAAGUUGCAGUAUUUUGGAACCGUUUAUGAUCUGCACUCAAUCCAAGGCUAGAAGAUGUUGAGAAAAAGCUAGAUGGCACACGGUCUCUACAAACAGCAUGAUGCAACAACUUCCGUGAAAUAUCAACAAUGGACACUUCCCCUAAACAUAGUGAUGGUGUUCAUGUGGAAAGCAAAUGUGCAGCUACUGAAAAGUUUGGUCUUCACUGGCAGUUGAUGAAAUCUGUAUUCUGUGUGGUUUUGUUUGCUUUUAUACGUAUGCCUGUGGUUCAUACCCAUCUUUUGAAACACCUCCUUUGGCCAUCUUUACCUGGGCACAAAUUGUUUCUGUAAACAGGAUAUUUAGGAUCUAAAAGUAUAAAGUACCUAUUAAUUGGUUACCACACAUAAAAGACAGGCAGCCACCAGGCAGGAGGAGAAAGGUUGGAUUAAUGCAGCUUCUCUGCAUUUUUUUCUUUAAGAUUUUAUAGCUUA